GUCCCUGCAAACAGUUUGCCACGCCGAGUUGGAACUAUGGCACUGAUCAGAGUGCUAGCAAACCUUGUGAUACUACUAUGCCUUUCUUACGCAACAACCCCUCUUGAUCGGAUCAUUGGAGGUUCUGAAUGUAAUGAAAGUGAACAUCGUUCCCUUGUACUCUUGUAUAACUCAGCAGGGUUGUUCUGCUCUGGGACCUUGCUCAACCAGGAAUGGGUGCUCACCGCUGCACACUGCAACAGAGAAAAUAUCCAGAUAAAGCUUGGUGUGCAUAACAUACACGUACACUAUGAGGAUGAGCAGAUAAGGGUCCCGAAGGAAAAAUUGUGUUGUCUCAGUACCAAUAACUGCACCAUAUUGAACCAGGACAUCAUGUUGAUCAGGCUGAACAGUUCUGUGAACAAUAGUACGCACAUCGCACCUCUCAGCUUGCCCUCCCGCCCUCCCAGUGUGGGCUCAGUUUGCCGUAUUAUGGGCUGGGGCACAAUCACGUCUCCUGAAGUGUCUUAUCCCGAAGUUCCUCAUUGUGUUAACAUUAACAUACUGGAUAAUGAGGUGUGUCAAACAGCUUACCCAUUUUUGUCAGGGAACAUAUUGUGUGCAGGUGAACUGGAAGGAGGCAAAGAUUCAUGUAAGGGUGAUUCUGGGGGACCCCUCAUCUGUAAUGGACAGAUCCAAGGCAUUGUAUCUUGGGGGGGCUUUCCUUGUGCCCAAGUUCUUGAGCCCGGCGUCUACACCAAGGUCUUCGAUUAUAUUGACUGGAUCCAGGGCAUUAUUGCAGGCAAUGCAAGCGUGAUUUGCCCCUAG